GAAGUGUUGUAUUUCGCAAAAAGUGCUGAAAUAACCGGAGUUCGUUCGGAGACCAUUUCUGUGCCGCAGGAAAUCAAAGCGUUGCAGCUGUGGAAGGAGAUAGAGACUCUGCAUCCUGGAUUGGCCGAUGUUAGAAAUCAGGUGAUACUUGCUGUUCGUCAAGAGUAUGUCGAGCUUGGAGAUCAGCAACUCCUGCUUCAGCCUGGAGACGAAAUUGCCAUUAUUCCCCCAAUUAGCGGAGGAUAGGGCAUCGGAGCCAGCUAGGAAAGAUGUGGUUGAGGUUGACGAGAAACCUAAAGACAUAAUACUGUUGACUGAAGAGAAGCUCUCAGUGGAUAAAGUCUCUCAGUUGGUGAUCUCCCCGCAGUGUGGUGCGGUGUCUCUCUUUGUAGGGACUACAAGAAAUAACUUUGAAGGCAAAAAAGUCAUUAGUUUAGAAUAUGAAGCUUAUCUACCAAUGGCAGAAAAAGAAAUCAGAAAAAUUUGUCUUGACAUCAGGCAGAAAUGGCCAGUCAGACACAUUGCGGUGUUCCAUCGACUUGGUUUGGUUCCGGUGUCAGAAGCAAGCACAAUCAUUGCUGUGUCCUCGGCUCACAGAGCCGCGUCCCUGGAAGCUGUGAGCUAUGCCAUCGAUUCUUUGAAAGCCAAGGUGCCCAUAUGGAAAAAGGAAAUAUAUGAAGAACCAGCAUCAUCUUGGAAAGGAAACAAAGAGUGCUUCUGGGCUGCUGGAGAUUAGUCACUGGGUGUUUGCUGGUGCCUAAAUCUUAAAUGUGGCAAGCAAUCUCUUAGGUGAUACGAACGGAAAAUAGCCGAAUGCAUGAGCGUGUGUGAUGAGGGCUACAGGAACUAAAGGUGGAAGAAAUGGCUUGACUAAAAUAUGAGAUAAGGUCUGCUGGGCCAUCCUGUGACUAAUUCCCAGUUGUAGCCAGCUCACAAGGACUGUGACCUUCCUUUUAUGGUCAGCUGUCCCAGGAAGACCUCCCUGUCCCAUGGGAUCUUGACAACAUCAUUAUCAGGCAUGUUUUACAAAAGAUCGGCAGGAUCAGAAAGUCAUUGUUAGUUUUGAUAUUAUAUAUUUUACAUAACUUAAACGUAAAACCAAAUAAAUCAUGAUUUUAAAUAGCUUAAAGUAGAUUCUAUUUGUGAUAAUAUCUAAGAAAUUUUAUAUUACGGAGACCACUAUGACUUCAGAAUCUAUAACUACACAGUAAACCUUUUUAUAUUUCAUUAGUUACCAGUAUCCUUAUGACUGUAAAAAUUAGCAUAAAAUUGUUGCAAAACUAUCAGCAAAAUGGUUUGUGUUAAAAUGGUAUCUGAUGUUUGAAAGUUGGCCCACAACUACUUAGGGAGAUUAUGUGGUUAUUUAUUAAAAUAGUUUGGAUAGUUUUAUAAUGUUUAUAUGAUAUUACCUUGUGUGAAGUUAUAACUAAACAUAUUAAAUUUUCUGCAAAAUUUUUAUACCAGACAUCCAGUUUUUGAUUGGUCAAGCUAUCAUAGCAGGUCCGAGUACAAAAGUCCCAUACAAUUUGUUGUGAAAGUUUUUUCAACUUUAUUGACCUAUAUUUGAUAAGUAAAAUGUAUUUUAAGUUCUAUAAUGUGGUGUUUGGAUGCUUGUGUUGUGAUCAUCACGACCCAGAUGAGUAACACAUCUGUUGUUUCUGCAGCAUCAGUAGGGGGCGACUUCAGGUGCAUUCUGAGCUCCUAAAUAAUUAAAAUCCCAGCAUAGUUGGAUGAUAGACGUCAUCAUAGAAUUAGAAACAUUUAUAAUAAGAAUAAAGACUACCAUUAAACACUUAGAUUGAAGCGUUUUUUUUUUUUUCUUUCUUUUUUGGCUUAAGUAACUUAGUAAUUCUAUUCAUUAUGUCCAGGAAAACCACAUUUUACCUAGUUAGCUCAUAUAUUCAACAAAUGUUUUCUGAAAGCCGAUCGUAUGACAGACUUCUGCCCCUGUCCCGCAUCUUUGUAUCUUUGUUAUCAUGAGAAGAUUGUCUUUCUUGAUGGCUGUGAGCAACAGGAUAGCCAUGCAUCCUCAGGGAUUUCUUGGUUACUUGCUCUCUGUUUCUUGGUCCACCCCUAAUUAUUGGGUCAGAAGGACACUUGGAAGAGAGAAAAAUCUCCAUCCUGCUGUGGGAUGGUCUUUCUGUGAAUAUGUGUUGCUCCCAUUGGUUGAUAAAUAAAGCUGAUUUGACCUAUAGCCAGGAAGAAUAAUACUAGGUGGGAAAGCCAAAAGGAGAUUCAGGCAGAAGGAGGGCAAAGUAGAGAGAGAUGCCAGCAGCCACCCAAGAAACAACAUGCCAGCAAACGGGCAAACACCAUGGCAACAUGGCAAUACAUAGAUUAAUCACAGGCUAUUUUAAAUGUAAGAGCUAGUUAAUAAUAAACUUGAGCCACUGGGCAAAAAUUUAUAACAAAUGUGAGCCUCUGAGUGAUUAUUUGGAAGCAGCUGUGGGACUGGGUGGUGUGAUGUUAAGUUGGGAGCGUCACCCCAGGCCCUGGCAUCCAUCCCAGCCCCCUGGCCUGGGAGUUGCGUUGGUCUGGACUCCAAAUCCCAGCAUGUCAGGUCCUGACCCCUCCCCAGGGGAGGGUAAGGACCACUCCCACAGGUAUUUAAGUGGGAGUCCCGAGGAGGAACGUGUAGUUAAGGGUUUUGCAUGUGCUCCCCAUGCUCUCGGCCACCUGAGAGUGCUGCAAUUAUUAAAACAUGGGAAUUUUAAUUC